AUGUAUAUGAUAGAUUUAACAUAUCUUCUCACUAUUUUAGUUAAAUCUUCAUUAGAUGCUACUAUAGCAAUAAUAAAAACUCAAUUCAUCAGUAUUAAUAAUCAACCACCUAUAUAUAAAACAAAUUUACAGCAAUAUUUACAAAAAAACCCAUUUUAUAAUAAUUAUAUAUCAGAUGAUAUUGUUUAUUUUGCAAAGGCAAUUGUUCAAAGCUUACAAGCCCAUUUUUCACAUAAUGAUUUAUAUGAUUCUAUAAAAAUUUUAGAUCCAAAAAAACUACCAUUACAAAAAAGUGUAUUAUCUUUAUAUGGAAUAGAAAAACUUAAAUUAUUAUGUGAAUACUUUGGAAAUCAAAAACAUAAAUCAAAUGGUAUAAUAGUUCAGCCAUUAAUUAAUAGUUCAGAAUGUAAAAAGGAAUGGCAGAUGGUUAAAUACAUGAAAUUGAUGAAAAAUUAUAAUAUAAUAAUUGAGGGAUGGCAUCAUGUUUGGAGUACUUGUUCUCAAUUUAAAAAUCAAUUUUCUAAUAUUAAUAUUUUGGUUAAUAUUGUUCUAUUUGUGCUACUUUUGAAUGCAAAUGUAGAAAGAGUGUUUUCUCAACACAAGUUAACAAAAACUAGAUUAUAUUUUAAUUGGGAUAAAGCAUUUAAUCAAUGA